AUGAAUAGUUUUAUGGGGAGCACAUUUAAAAUCCUUUUAAGUGUGGAAUUCAUAAUUGGAAAUGUAGGAAAUGGCUUCAUAGCACUGGUAAACUGCAUGGACUCUGUGAAGAAAAGAAAGAUCUCUCCAGUUGAUGAAAUACUCACAGCGCUGGCAAUCUCCAGAAUUGGUCUGUUUUUCUCAGUAGUCAUAAUUAAAUUGGCAUUUAUGGCUUACCCAGAGAAACUGAUGACUAAAAGCAUGUUAAGAAUGAUUAAUGUUAUCUGGAUAGUGACCAAUCAUUUUAGCAUAUGGCUUGCUGCAUGCCUCAACGUCUUUUAUUUUCUCAAGGUAGCCUAUUUUACUAACUCGAUUUUUCUUUACCUGAAGUGGAGAGUUAAAAAAGUGGUUUCAAUGACACUGCUGAUGUCUCUGUUUGUCUUGUUUUUAAACAUCAUAGUUAUAUCCAUACCAGCUUAUAGUUGUAUUGAUGGAUCUAAAAUAAACAUAUCUUCCAGUUCCGGUUUGAGGAACUCUACGUGGUCUUUCAAACUUUUCUUAUUCACCAACUCCAUGUUUGCUCUCAUACCCUACACUCUGUCUUUGACAACUUGUCUUCUCCUCAUCUUGUCCCUGUGCAAACAUCUGAAGAAGAUGAAGCAGAAUGCCAAAGGAUUCAGAGAUGCCAACAUCGUGGCCCACAUAAAAGCCAUGCAAAUGGGCAUGUCCUUGGUCCUACUUUAUACGGUGUUCUUACUUGUUCUCACUAUACAGAUUUCACACAUUGAAUUUCUGGAUGAUGAUAUGAUUGUUUCACUGGACUACUCCAUGGGAGCUGCAUUUUCUGCUUCACAUUCGAUUGUUCUGAUUCUGGGAAACAGUAAACUGAGGCAGACUUCUCUUUCAGUGCUGUGGUGGCUGAGGAACAGCUGCAAAUGUGCAGCUCUCAAGUUCCUAAAACACUUCUAG